UCCGCGCUCUGCGCCUUAACGCGAUUUUUAUUGCGACAUUUUACUCCCGCUCGGAGAGCCAGCAGAAAAAGAUGACUGGUAAGAGUCAGACAAGCAACGUGACCAACAAGAAUGACCCACGUUCCCUCAACUCCAGAGUCUUUAUCGGCAACCUCAACACAGCCAUCGUCAAGAAGGCCGACAUCGAGGUCAUCUUUGCCAAGUACGGCAAGAUCGUCGGCUGCUCCGUGCACAAGGGCUACGCCUUUGUCCAGUACAUGAGUGAGAGGAAUGCCCGGGCCGCUGUCGCUGGUGAGAAUGCUCGGAUCAUAGCAGGACAACCACUCGAUAUCAACAUGGCCGGAGAGCCCAAACCGUACCGGCCCAAAGCUGGCUCUAAGAGACCCCUCUCUGCUGUGUACACUGGAUAUGAAUUUGACUAUGACUACUACCGUGAGGAUUUCUAUAAUCGGCUCUUUGACUAUCAUGGACGGGUGGCUCCGCCUCCAAGAGCCGUCAUCCCUCUGAAACGCUCGCGUGUCGUGGUGCCGUCGACACGGAGAGGAAAGACUUCCUUCUCCAUCAAAACCUCCACCUCUUCGUCCUCACGCCCACCAUCCUCCUCCUCCUCCUCCUUUUCCUCCGGCCUCAAGCUGAAGACGGAUCAGCUCCAGACAAUCAAGCGUGAGCUGACUCAGAUCAAGCUGAAGAUCGACUCUCUCCUGGGCCGUCUGGAGAAGAUAGAGAAGCAGCAGAGAGCCGAGGCGGAGGCUCAGAGGAAAUAUGAGGAUAAUUGCGACUCGCUACAUGAAGAGUCCGUGUCAGAGACGGCAGAGAACUCGGCUGAGGAGGCAGGCGAAGGGACGCUAGACGCAGAGGCCGGAGAGAUGACUGACGGAGGAGAGGAUGACUACGAUGAAGAGGGCAGCACUGAUCUGAUAGAGAACCAUGUGUCUGACAUUGAUAACUAAAGGCCGUGCCAAAUGGGAAAUCAACGCUGCUUUGUCACUGCAGUGUCAGAUGGGAAGGAAGCGUGAAGUGAAACUGUGGGAAAAGCUUCAAAAAAGGGAAAAGGAAAAAAAAAGAACUGAUACCUUUUAGAGAGACAAUGAGAGCAGGCGUAUGACUGGUUCUGGUGAGAGGUGAAACAGUGCACACUCAUGGACAGAUCUCUCACAGCCAGUCCAUCGCUCAGCAUUUCAUUGGCCUUUAUUUGAUUACCUUAAAAUAUUCAAUAUUCAUUCAGAGGACGGAGCUUAACAUUGCUUGUAUAGAGUGAAAAUAAAAACGAACUACCGAGACCUGAUUAUCUGCUUUUUAAAGUGGUUUUACACAUAUAUUAUGAUUUGUUGUGGCAUUAUACGAUGCAUACGU